GAUCAUUAGGACACAUAUUAGGUGGCCCCUUUUACAAAAAUUAUAGUAAUAUGUUUUUAAGGAACUUAUUCACUCAUUUUCCAACACAAGAUAAUCAAAAUCAAGAUCCUAUAGGACCAUAACUCUGCAUGGAAGACUAAUACAAUAAACACAUCUGUGAUUGUUCAUCCAAUACCAUUAUCAAUACAAUAAGAAAGAAAACAUUUUCUUCAGGUACUACUGUGUCUAAUGUCAAAAUUACCAAACAUACAGGGUUCUCUACUAUACUGAUCCAAAAUGGACCAUUAAAACAAAUCCUCAUCAAAGUGGCCCAGGUCAACUGCUCUCUGCUGUCAGACCACAAAAGACUUUACACAGUACGAUCAAAGUUCAUCAUAUAGGUAAAACAAAUUGUUACAAUAUAAUUUAGUAGCCGACGAAAAUGAAUAUUUGUGUAUGUGCAGUUCAUUUGUUCUCCCCUUUUGGUUAAAUUCUGUGAUGUGGCUGAAAAUGGACCAGAUAAAGAUAAAAGACAGAGAUGAAAUAGAACUUCGUGAAAUUGUUGUGCAGUGGUACAGAGUAGGAAAGAGUGAGAACACAAUAUGCAAAUUCCAAAUAUACGCAAUGCCACACGUAUUACUGGUUGAUUACAACACGUGGUAUGUAGCUGUGUAUAUGUACAUGCAUGCAUAUUAUGUUUUAAUUAAAAUGUAUAAUUACUUUUGAAAAAAUCAAUAAAUACAACGUUUUUUAAAAGUAUAAUUACUUACAUUGUAUAUUUGUAUGUAUAUAUUGAUGUAUAUAGUUAUAUGUGUUGUUCCGUUGCAUGUCCUGUAGUUCGCGCUGGGUCCUCCGGGCCUGCAGGUGGCGUUGUUUGCUUUUAACGUCUCCGCGCUGUCGUUCAAUCAAUGACGUGGACUUUCAUUGAGGCAGUCAGGACUGAAAGAAAAGAAAACAUCACCUACUCACCAACGUCUCAGGGCUUCUCCACUAACUUCUUCCACGUUAAGAAGUUGGGACCCCUCGUUUCCUUUCAGUCGUGUCCCCGCUGCCGGAGCAGACUUCACCCCAGACACCAGAAUGAGUAAAAACAGCAAAGUGUUGAACCUGAAGGAUAAAAUCAGCGGUAAUGAAGUGGACCUGAGCCUGUGUGACCUCACCGAGGUGCCAGUCAGAGAGCUGGCUUUAUUCACCAAAGCGACUGUUGUGGACUUGUCUUGCAACAACAUCACCUCCCUCCCUCCAGAGUUCUGCAACCUGACCCACCUGGUGAAGGUGGAUCUCAGUCAAAAUCAGCUGACCUGUCUGCCAGAUGACCUGGGGAACCUGGCCAGCCUUCAACAUCUGGACCUGUACAACAACAAGCUGACCACCCUGCCCGUCAGCGUCUCUCAGCUCAGGAGUCUGAAGUGGUUGGACCUGAAGGACAACCCGCUGGAGGCCGGCCUGGCCAAGGCAGCAGGAGACUGUCUGGAUGAGAAGCAGUGCAAACAGUGUGCCGCCAAGGUUCUGCAGCACAUGAGCGAGCUUCAGGAUGAGGUCGAUCGCGUACGAGAGAAACGCCGAUUGAGGGAAAAAGAGCUGGAGAGGAAGAGGGAGGUGAAGCAGAAGGAGCGGGAGGCCAAAGACAAGGAGGCUCGUAAACGGGAGAAGGCGGAGGAGAAGGAGAAGCGGAGGAAAGAGUACAACGCUCAGAUGGCGGCCGCGGCUGCGCGGGAACAACAGAAGAAGAAGACCGAGGAGAAGAAGAAGAAGAAGAACGGACAGGCGGCAGCAGAUAAAAAGGCGGCUGUGGAAAAGACGUCUAAACCUCAACGUUCGCUCCUUGGCCUGAUGUUCAAGUUCCUCCUCCUGCUGCUGCUGGGAUUGGCUGGAGUCGCCGCCGCCUGCAGGCUGACCGACCUGCAGAAGGAAGCCGUGUGUGUGCCCGUCAACGUCGCCGUGGACGACGGCUUGUCCUGGGCCAAAGAGCAGGAGGUUGUCGUCAGGCAGCUGGUGCAAAAUCUGUCGUCUGCCGCAAAGGAUUUUCUUGAAUCUACACAAGCGUCUAAGAACUAAACCCUCAUCUGCCACCCAUCGAGUUCCAGAGCUGCAGGAUUUCUUUUCCCCCCGGGGAUUUUUUUUUUUUUUUUUUUUUUUUAAUACUCUGAAAUUAUGAAUAUCAUUAAGAUGGGCAACCCUGCAUCCCCUCACCCUGUUUCUGGUGCUGGGAGGUGGAAAGUCUGUACAGAUAGACAGAGGGGGAUGCACAGAUGUGUUUAAAAUCUUCUUAAAUUCCUAUGGAAUUGUUGUCGCUUGUACCCGAUUUGUACUGCAGUCUGUUUUUAAGAAAAAGACUCACCGUCUUGGAUUCCUCCCCAUCAAACACGUUGUGCACUUUGACCAGGUUUGUGUUGCGGUGCAUUACGUGCAGCGUGGGGUGGAUUUAAGAGAUGUUCAGUGAAAAGUCAGGUGGCCCCGUCUGCUGCACUGGAGUGCCGAGUCACAUGUUAACUGCCGGUCAGAGUUGUGCACAAGCCGGUGUUCGAUGUGGCCGUCUGAGCAUGUGCAGUGAAGGCUGUUUGAAUGUAGAGCUCAGUCGUCUGAGGCCUCCUCUGUCUUUAUAGUCUUAAAUCAGUCAAACCAGCUCAAUCUCAUCGAAUAUACACACACCUCUGGCAUCAAGUGGCUCUUUACCAUAUCACAGAUCUAAUAGUAUCGUGUGAGUCUGUCAUCUGUUUUCCAGCAGUCCAGAAAUGCCAAAUAUGAUUGAGUUUAUUUAGAAACAGUGUUGUCAUUACAUACUUUGUCCAGCAGAGGGCACACUUACAAACUCAACACAACUAAUUGAUUUACAAAUAUAGUUGUAUAUAAUUUUUCUGUCAGUAGAUUAACUGACUAAUCGUUUCAGUUCAGAUUUAUGUUUAAAUUACAUCUCAAAUAUUGGCUUCAAUAAUCCAGAAUCAGUCAGGCUAAUGUACACAAACUGUUUUAAUAGGUUGUCCCCCUUCAGCUAGAAAUACUCUACAUUACUGAGAUGCAUUAACAAAAAUCAUGCUGUUAUGUUUGAGGCCUCUUGCCUAUAUUUUUCCUUCUUUCCUCCACCCAUUGGUUUCCAUUAAUUUCUAUAAAAUCUGAGAAGAAAUUAUUAGGAAACUCUUGUAACUUUCCAUCCGUCAACAUCAGGUCUGCAAUAAUUGGUGUUAAAGUAGAAUUAGUCACCCAAAUGUGCACUUAAGAAACUACCACAGACAAAGACUGAAGCUCUAACCCAACUAUUACCUGGACUUGAUGCUCACUGUGGUGGAUUACACGCCUGUAGCAAGUUUCAGGAGUCUGUGAAUUUAUCUUGAAUUCAUACAGCAAAAAUUAAAAAGGUGUAUCUGUAAUGUAAUACAGUGAACAUGUUUAGUUGUUAAGGGGAUAUUCUUAUAAAAAAAUUGUAAGCUCAAAUUUUUAGCUCAAAUUCCCUAGAUCAUAUGGCAUAAUAAGGACCAAGUGCUGGUAUUGAACUGUUGAAAAGCCUCUUCUUGUAAUUUCUUACCUAAAAAAAAAUAAAGAGCAACUGACAGAUUUAUCUAUUUUUUCCAGUUUCACGGCUCUUUUGAAUUGCAACUUGUUUUAAUUUGUCGUGGCUACCUUUGCUACUGUGGUUCCUGUACAGCUUCGUCCAUGCUCUCCAACGAUGUCCGUUAAUAAAUGGCUAUGCACUGCAACAAACA